AUGGAAACUCAAGCUACUUUAAUUGAAGUAUCUCGAAACUUUCUAAUCCUGACUUACACUCACGUACAGCAGGAAAAAGAAAAACGUGCAGCACGCGAUUAUGUGAUGAAAUAUAAACUAUUGAAAAGCGUUUCAAAGGCGAAUUUUUGCCUCUUCUUCACUUAUAAAGAAGUACCUCUCCAAGCCAAGCCGAAUGCGAUUAUUGAGGAGAAGUCGAAUCAUCAGAUUAUGUCACAACUAUGGUUUCGAGUCUUGUUAGUCGCAACUACAGUCAAAUCAAUCUUGGGACUCAUCAUUCUCUUCGGUUUACUUGGUUUAUCUAUAAGUGUCUUUUUUGUCGGUCUCCGUUUUCGUCAAUCUCAUCAUUGUCCGAUAGAAUCGAAAAUAAGUCUGUUUCUAAUCAUUGCUGGUAGUGGUUCUAUUGAAUGGAUUGUUCUCAGUAUCAUUCUCUCGAUAAUUACAAUAGUAUUAAAACACAUUCGAUCAUUCAUCUUGGUUUGCUUUAUUGUCUUACUUGCCCUCUUGAUACUUAUAACUAAUAUUAUUCUAUUUGGCUGGGUCAUAUGUGGAAGUGUAUGGACGUUGAAAGUGUUUGAUUCUGUUCAAUAUACGAAUCGAUCGAUGAAUACAUUUUGUCAAAAAACGCUGUAUCAUUUUUCCUUGGCAUACUUAGUGAUGACUUAUGUUCUUACAGCUUUACAAUGUUGGUAUCGAUUGUGCAUUUUGAUAUUUUGUUCAGUACAAGAACAAUAUGGAAUUUGA